UCCUUACCACCACCAUCUCUGGCCCGCCAUGCACACUCCGACGAUGAGUCGCUCGGCUCGUAUCAUCUUGCUCCUUGUUAUCGAUGUGCUGUUCUUCUUUGUCGAAAUCAUCGUUGGUUAUGCCGUGGGCUCACUGGCCCUUGUCGCGGACAGUUUUCAUAUGUUGAAUGAUGUGCUGAGUUUGGUGGUGGCUCUCUACGCGAUCAAGUUCAGCGCCAAAGAUCGUACGGCGCAAUACUCGUAUGGCUGGCACCGCGCAGAAAUUCUUGCUGCACUUGUCAACGGCGUCUUCCUCCUUGCCCUGUGUUUCUCUAUAUUUUUGGAAGCCAUCCAGCGCUUCUUCUCGGCGCCUGAGAUAACGAAUGCGCGGCUUGUUGUCAUCGUCGGAUCGUUCGGGCUAGCGUCCAACAUCGUGGGCCUGUUCCUUUUCCACGAACAUGGCCACUCCCACGAGCAUGGGCAUGGGUCGGCGUCAGGGACCCCGUCCGAGACACCCACUGCAAGUAAUAGCAGGGAGCAGAGUCCUAACGCGGUCGCGAAGAGAAGGCAAAGAAAAUUAACAGCAGAGGAACAUGAACGGCGCGAGCGUUCUGCCUCAUUUGAUAACAUGGUUCAUCCUGCAGCGAUCCGUGCUUCAAUCAGCAACUUGGCAAGAUCACCCUCACCCCCGCCGCGGCGGGGCAGGCGGAGUUCGCGCUCUGGUUCCCGGUCGACCCGUCCGCACCCAAUCGAGGAGGGGGACGAGACUGUCAGAGAGUCCAUCGACAUUGACGAGAACACUCCGCUCAUAUCAAGCAUGAGUAACAAGGCGAACGUUGAGCCCUCGGAGUCGGGCCAGCUGACGCCCACUCAAGGGCCAUCGGGUCAUGGACAUUCUCACGCAGGUUCGAUGAAUAUGCGGGCCCUGGUACUGCAUGUACUCGGUGAUGCUCUGGGCAAUGUCGGAGUUAUAGCCACGGGCCUGAUCAUCUGGCUCACGAGCUGGAGCUUCAAGUACUACUUCGAUCCUAUCAUCAGUCUUGUUAUCACUGUCAUCAUCUUCCACUCUGCCAUGCCGCUCGUUCUCAGUACAUCGUCCAUCCUCUUGCAAGGAGUCCCGCCUACGGUGUCUUUGGACAACGUUCACGACGCGAUUCUUGCAGUCCCAGGAGUACUUGCUGUUCACGAACUGCACGUGUGGCAGUUGUCGGAAUCUCGAGUCGUAGGUUCCGUCCACGUCGUCGCCGACAGGGAUGAGGACUUUAUGGAAGUUGCUGCCAACAUCCAUGAAGUUUUGCAUCGUCAUGGCAUACACUCGGCUACCAUUCAGCCUGAAUACCGCAAGAAUCCGGAUGAUUUGAGAAAGCCCUGUUUGAUCCCGUGCCCGCCGGGUCAGGCAUGUUCGACGGAAGAAAACGCCUGUUGCCCCCCACCGCCUGCAGAAGUGUAAUGAUCCUCAUGAAUCGGAUUAGCUAGUGUUGUCACGUUCCUAUGUAUCCCUAAUUUCCUGUCAUCAUGGCAUGUGUCUCGGAAUAACAUUAGUAAUAUACCUAUUUAUGUUUCUGCCAUGAACAUGGGGAAAUUUGCUACGAAUGAUGAAGAGGACGACAAACGCUGGGAAAUGACCCCGGCAGUGGGGCUGUUCUUUCUGCGCCGCAGCUCACUCGACAAGCGCUUGGCCAUACCAGCUGUGG